AUGAACGUGAAGGCAGUUACCUCUCUUGUGGUUUUGAGUAGCAUCCCUUCUGAAAAUCCAGCUCAACGGCAUCCACAAUGUCCUGUUUGCAAGGCUGAUGUUUCACAAAGAACCAUGGUUCCACUCUAUGGCCGCGGUCAAGUUACAAAAACAUCUGAACAUGAAGUUCCAAGUAAUGAUAUGGUCAUACCAGAAAGACCUCCAAGUUUAAGACGUGGAGGUCUAAUAACUACUACUGAUUCACAUUCAUCUCAGCAGCCUCAAGCACACGAUGAGUCAAAUUCAACCAGCAUUGGUGGCACGACAACUAAUGUGUUGUUACAUCCCAUGAUUGGUGAAACGUCUUAUGCAGCACGGGUUUCUGGAAACUCAUCACCAACAUUGUAUCCAUAUCCAAACUCGUAUCAUCUAGCAGGCAGCAAUACAUUGAGAAUGAGAAGGCAUCAACUACACGCUGAUGAUAAAUCACUUCGCAGAAAAUAUAAAUAA